UCAUGUUUUCUUUCCCCUCUCUCUCUCUCUCUCUCUUUCUCUCUCUCUGUGUCUCCCUAUCUGUCUAUCUAUCGCCUACACCCCCCUCCACUCUUUCAGCCCCACAGAUGGCAGGAAGUGCUUCGCUCUAUCUGAGACAUCAAGUUCUUUCUUUUCUCCCUGACAAAUUCCUGCUUAUUUCUCAGCUUUUCUUUAUUUUACUGCUUUUUUCCUCCCCCUUUCCAGAAGACCCCCAUCUCUGAAGCUCUCUCACUCAUCCCUGAUCUUCCCCCUCUCAUCCUCUCCUCCUUCAGCAUGGUGAACAGAUAACUACCUGGCUGAUGGUCACCAUGGGCGCCUGCCUCUGCAAAGGUCACCAAGACCUUCAGAAUGACCAGCAGCAUCCCAUGGGAGAACUUAAAUAUUGGUCUGAAGGAGAGCCCAUUGCCAAGGGCAAUCAUCAGCCUCACAAUGGCUCUGUGACAGAUAAGAAGGACGGCAGUGGCUACAGCAUCGGGGAGCUGGCGACGUCCUCCUUGAUGGGUCUGGUGGCCACUAUUAAGGAGCACAUCACUAAGCCUACGGCGAUGGCGCAGGGUCGAGUUGCCCACCUGAUCGAGUGGAAGGGUUGGGGAGGUGAGACGACAGCUGGAGGGGGUUGGUGCGGCUGGACUCGGGACGGAGGGGGCUGGGGAGGAGCGGGGGCUACGCUGCAGGAGGACGAGCAGCUCUACUCCCACCUGACGGACGAGAUCAAGGAGGCACGCUUUGCUGCAGGAGUAGCAGAACAGUUUGCUUUGGCUGAGGCGUCGAUGGAAGUAUGGCCUUCACAAGACAUUGUAGAUCAAGCCACAGUCAGCACAGGCCCAUUACAAGGUGCUGAUGGCCUGUAUCUCUCUCAGUUUCUCGUGGAUGGAGGAAGUCUGGGUGUCCCCCAGCAUCUGUACAGUAUACACUUGGACCCCAACGCUGUUGAAAGAGCUAAUCCUCUGGCACCGGCACAGCCCCCUCAACCUUACUUCCCUCAGCCAGAAUCACAGCACCCCCUACAGGAGCAGAGGACUUUAGCACCUGAUGGCAACGUACGGCACGCCGACAGCGGCUCAAUUUCAGAAGAUGAGGUUUUUUAUGAUUGAACAUUGAAAAAUAUACAAUGGAACCAGCUAAAGACAUUGGCGCUCAGCUUACCUCGGACAACAGUGUAAAGAUACUACAAAAAAAAUUUACAAAAGUAUGACUUGGUUGUUAAAUACCAUGAAGGUACCUCUGAAGAGGUCACUGCCUUACUCUGUAGAUGUGCAUCCACCAGAUCAAGCCUCCAUUCUCCAUCUUCUUUUCAAGCAUCCAUUCAAUUACACAUUAACAAACGCCAGUUAUCGCAUGGUUCUGUUUUCCUGGACAAGCUGUUCACAGUCUGUUAUACAGAGAUGCUUUAAAGGAGCUCAGUAGUCACCUCAGUGCCAGGACUGCACACAGGAGAAAAACACAAAAACACACAGCCUCGCACAAAAAGAAAUGAAACACAAAUGCGUGGGGAAUUAUACUGUGACUGAAAAAGGCAGCAGAUAAUGUCCAUGAUAGCAGCACCUGUAAAUACCUCCUUACGAAACCCUUUCAGGUGGCUUGCCUCUUAGUAUGAAAGCAGGAAUCUGCCACAGCUUUGCAGGCUGAGAUAAUGCGGACGUUAAAAGACUUCUCUUUCUCGUUCUCUUUCAGCCAGACACUAUUCAGACACGUCUGCUAAAAGUCAUUUAAGAGCAUCUCAAUGAGACUGCGGGACAGAAAAGACUCGCUCUUUUGUGAGAAAUGAAACUCAUCGGAGGAUGAAUGCGGUUUACGCUGUGCUGCGGAGCCGAAACCCAGGGCUUUGAAGAUUUUAACGAUUUCUAAGACCUACUUCUAUAUUUCCAUGAAGCUUUUUUCCUGUGUAAAGAUUUGUAGCUUUGUCAGGACUUCAUGCCUUGUCCUUUCUACAUCGAGCUCUGUAGACCUGCAAAUGCUGUCUGUGUGUGAUCUGUGGUUCAUUUUGAUGAAAAGACUAAAACUUAAAACUAGGGAUGUCCCGAUUCAGUCUAUUGACUCACACAUUUUAAUAUAUUGGGUAUCAGCUAUUUUGUCUAUCAGUCUUUGUGUUAAACACAGUAUUCAGAGUAUGAUCUGGUUUUCUUAGGGCUUUUUAAUGGACUUCGUUACCCAUUUAGCAGCACUGAGGACAGAGAUAAGUCUGCAGUGUGGAACUAUUUUACAUUGGAACAUAAAAAAAACAUAUAAUAUCUGAAACUAUAUCACACUACACACUUGGGCUGCGCGAUAUAUCGUUUAAGCAUCGUCAUCGCGAUGUGCGCAUGCGCAAUAGUCACAUCACGGGAUGUGUGAUGUCACUUACGGCCAUUUAAAUGCUUGAUUAUUGUUGUUUUGCUGUUUUCCUCGGGUUUUGAGUGCUUGGCUGACUCCAAAGUGCUGACUCAGUUCUCGGUUGGUCUGGAUCUCUGUUGUGAGACAACACGCAGGUGGGGGUGGGGCUUGUGAUGUUUAAUAUUGUUUAAUAUUGCGAUACAAAUCGCCGAAAAAAAAAAAAUGCAUUUUUUUUCACAUUUUUCCAAUAUCGUGCAGCCCUAAAGGAACUGGAAGCUGAUUGGUCAGUCCCGACUCGAAAAAAAAACCCCCAGUAAUUUUUUAAAAGUCACAGCUAAUUGUUCUGUUAUAUAAAAUGAUGAAGUGAAUAAAGUGUGUUAUGCUGAACAAAUAAAAAA